UGCUUGUUAUCGAUGUACUAUCGACAUCGGCACUUGCCAAUGAUCGCUGUUAGUUUUUCUGCGUGUGCUAAGCGAAGGUUUGUGUAUAUAAAUCGUUGCAUAAAUCGUCAGCGAUCCACGACAGUCACAACAAGAUGUCAAGCACCAAGAAUGUAUCUCAGUCGUGCCAUGUGCGCAUUGCUGCUGAAAACUGCUGCUCGCAGCAGCAACAGGUGGAGGCUGACGAUGCGCCCACGUUGACGUCGACAGCGACGACGACAUUAUCCAUUAGCGAGAGCAAGGAAUUAACCGGUUUGACACACGAAUGCGGAGUCUUCGGAGCCAUUGCCUGUGGCGAUUGGCCUACACAGAUCGAUAUUGCGCACGUGAUUUGCUUGGGACUGGUUGCGUUGCAGCAUCGCGGCCAGGAGUCGGCGGGCAUUGUGACUAGCGAGGGCAAGAGCUCUAAGAACUUCAAUGUGCACAAGGGUAUGGGCAUGAUCAGCACGCUCUUCAACGACGACUCAAUAAAGAAGCUGCGUGGCAACCUGGGCAUUGGUCAUACCCGGUACUCCACGGCUGGUGGCUCAGAGUCAGUUAAUUGCCAGCCGUUUGUGGUGCACACAGCGCAUGGAACAAUGGCAUUGGCCCACAACGGCGAGCUGGUCAACAAUGAAUCUCUGCGCCGCGAAGUCUUGGGUCGUGGCGUUGGACUGUCCACGCACAGCGACAGUGAAUUGAUUGCUCAAUCGCUGUGCUGUGCUCCCGAAGGAGUCUCGGAACACAACGGACCCAAUUGGCCGGCACGCAUUCGUCACUUUAUGACGCUGGCACCUUUAUCCUAUUCGCUGGUCAUCAUGCUUAAGGACAAGAUCUAUGGAGUCCGCGACACCUAUGGAAAUCGACCCUUAUGCAUUGGCAAAAUUGUCCCAAUUAAUUCGGGACACACGAGCAACAGCACAGAGACUCCUGCCGAUGGAUGGGUGGUGUCCAGUGAGAGCUGCGGCUUUCUUUCGAUUGGCGCACGCUACGAACGCGAAGUGGAGCCUGGCGAGAUUGUUGAGCUGACACGCAACGGCUAUCGCACAGUGGACAUUGUGGAGCGACCCGAUUUUAAGCGUAUGGCUUUCUGCAUCUUCGAGUAUGUUUACUUUGCGCGUGGCGACAGCAUCUUCGAGGGUCAGAUGGUGUACUCGGUGCGCCUGGAGUGUGGCCGCCAGCUGUGGCGUGAGGCACCUGUCGAAGCUGACAUUGUGAGUUCAGUGCCCGAAUCGGGCACAGCAGCAGCACAUGGUUAUGCCAGAGAGUCAAAUCUGGAGUUUGCCGAGGUAUUGUGCCGCAACCGCUAUGUCGGACGUACCUUUAUUCAGCCCUCGACGCGUCUGCGACAACUGGGCGUGGCCAAAAAGUUUGGCGCACUGUCGGAAAAUGUGACUGGCAAGCGUUUGGUUCUCAUCGACGAUUCUAUUGUGCGUGGCAACACGAUUGGACCCAUCAUUAAGCUUCUGCGUGAUGCUGGAGCACGAGAGGUGCACAUUCGUAUUGCGAGUCCACCGCUGCAAUAUGCCUGCUACAUGGGCAUCAAUAUACCCACGCGCGAGGAAUUGAUCGCCAACCAGAUGAACGCCCAGCAGUUGGCGCGUCACGUGGGUGCCGACAGUCUGGCCUAUCUGAGUGUCGCCGGCUUGGUGCAAACAGUACAGCGCAAGCAUAUUGCAUCUACGAAGCCAACUGGCCACUGCACUGCUUGCUUGACGGGUGAAUAUCCUGGUGGUCUGCCCGACGAACUAAGCUGGUAGACAGCCAAGUCUUUAUUAAUAUAUAAAUAUAUACCUCCCGAAGCAUAUAGAUAUCGUAAACUACAGUAUCAUGCCAAUGAGUGCUCGAAAUUACUGUCACAAAAUACUAUACUAUAUGUUCACAACUAUGUAUGUAUCUGCACUUUUGCAUUUAACACCUUCUUGAGGAGCAUUUUGAAUCCAUUUCCAUUUUGAACUCUCUUCUAAAGCGUAUACAAUAAUUCUUAAGUUCAAAUUAUACACUUUAUAUUAAGAUUAAGUAGCUCUUCAGUGAAAAGCGGUUUCUUUUCCUAAAAAGACAUAACAUAAAUAGUCUUCAAUAUUUCCACCGAAUGAUUAAUAAUUAUACAAUUGUUAUCAUUUAUUGUUUAGCUUUAAAAUUCAUGAUUGCCAAUAAUAAAUGACAUUUAGCACAUUCAUUUCAAUAUCAAUAUCAACACUAGGUGGGCUCAGGCCAAGGUGCUCUGCAAUUCGCAUGCCCAAGCUCACAUCUAGUUCAGCAGAGUUGAAAACGAAAACCAGUUGUGAAAUUCGAGAAUAUGAUAUCGGGAAAAUGAGUUCAAUUUGUUGCACAUUGAAUAAUUCAGCUAACCAUAUUAGAUUUCAUUGCUUUACUGUUUAUUGAUAAUAAAGUACAACCUCAAAAUCGUCAU